CGCCAUGUCCGUGAACACUGGGAGCAAAGAGGGGAAGGAGGACCGCAGCGGGAGGGCCAGAGGUUGGGAUGCAUGGAACGAGAGAGGAGAGGAAAUUGUUUGUCGCCUUUGGUUUUGGGACAAGGACUCGCUUGGUUGCUCAGUUAUACCUUACCUGUGUACUCUGUAAUGUGUAUUGCAUACGAUGCAAGGACAUCGAUCGCCCAAGGCGCCCGAGCGAAAGCAGCGCGCCUACAGCAGUACCAACAGUGGAGCUACGGUUUUG